AUGAAAUUGUGUGGCAAGAUCAUUGUCCACAGCAUAAUGCAAGGAGGUCCUGGUAUGCCAAUAUUCUCACCAUCCAUUUACUAUUACCUGGCAAMAGGUGAUAGUGAAGCCGCAGUGCAGCGAGUAACAAUCCAAGACUGUUCWAUGAGGAUUCAGUCCUACAUCAGUAAGGUAGCAGCAGCAGUUGAUGUAUCUACAGUUGACAGUAGUGAAACAGUAGACAUUCUUGAUGCAUGUGGACUUACUUUGAACUUGACGAAUGAUAACAAGAUGAAAGUAAUUCAGAGUAUCAUAAUCCAUGAUGCAAUUGGAAGACCUAAAAUAGUUCUGGAUCAGUUGAGAGAAGGAUUAGCCAUAUUAGGAUUUGGAGCUGAAAUGCAAAAGUCACCUGACAUAUUUCAACCCUUAUUUGUAUUACAUGAUCAUGAUCCCUUCAAGGGAUCAGAUGUUAUCCGUAUAUUGAAAUUUCCAACCAUGAAUGAUGAGGAAACAACUAUCAAAAGUUACCUAUUAGAGUUUUUAACUAAGGCGGGAAAUUCUGAUCUUUAAAAGAACUUCCUAAUUUUUGCCACUGGAGCUCCAGUAUUGCCAGAGUUUGGCCUUGGCAAUAUUGGUAUAAAGUUUGAUAGCAUAGAAUCGAUAUUUGUUUCUACUUGCUUAAAGGAAAUAACAUUUCCAAAGAGUUUCCCUGAUGAAGAAACUUUUUUUUCUUCUAUUGUAGCUGUCAUUAACACAGAGGCUAGAUCAUUUAACUGUGUAUAA